AGUAGGACCAUUUUCUCAGAUUUUGAGCAGCGCAAGAUGCUUUCGAUAUUACGAAAAGCUCGCUUAAAGGACAAGGAGAUGCGCAUCCUGAUGCUGGGUCUGGACAAUGCGGGAAAGACGACUAUUGUGAAGAAGAUCAUGAAUGAGGAUGUCAAUAGCGUCAGCCCGACGCUCGGUUUUAUCAUCAAAACAAUUGAGUACGACGGGUACAAAUUAAACAUAGGGGACGUCGGCGGGCAAAAGACGCUACGGACAUACUGGAAGAACUACUUUGAAAAGACGGACACGCUCAUCUGGGUAGUCGAUGCAACGGACAGUGAGCGGAUAGAUGACUGCAGGCAAGAAUUGGCAGGGCUACUGCUCGAGGAGCGCCUCUCCGGAGCCAGUCUGCUGGUGUUCAAGAACAAAAGCGACGUCGCCGGGUCCAUGAGCGAGGACGAGAUCCGCGAGGGUCUGCAGCUGGAUGCCAUCAAGACACACAAGUGGCACAUCAUGGCGUGCAGUGCCAUGACGGGAAUGAACCUGCGCGAGGGGCUCGAGUGGGUGGUCCAGGACGCCAAAGCCCGCCUGUUCCUGUAUUGAGGCAUCGUGGGUUGGAGCGAGGGUCGUAUUACGCGUCAGGCACACAGGCACAGACUGGAUGCGGCAUCGGACUCGGACGGGCAAGGGGCAGCACAGCGCAGCGCAGCCCCAAGGGUAGAUGCGGGUAUUUGGUGCAGCGGUAUUGGUCUGGACAAGGUCCAACCGCUGCACGGUGGAGCGGGCGACGCAGCCUCGACGUUGAUAUGUACGUAGCAUAAACAAACACGCUCCAAGGUCGUUUCGAGGACCUGCAUCUGU